AUGAAAGGUAAAGGCAUAUCAACCGAUGCACCAAAAGAGGAAAGAGCUACCAAAAGGGCCAAAGCGAAGAAAACCACCAAAACCGCAAAAGGAAAAGCACAAGGCAACAAAAAAAGAAAACAAGGAAAGCCACUAAACGGAAAGGAGCCCUCCAGCGACGAAAGCGACGUUUACUUUUACAACGACCUCCGGAGAUGGCAAAAUAAUGUGAAAGUACCAAUAUGGCUAAAGAAGCCAAAGGACAAAGAAUCGAUAAACGAAUUUUACAAAAAUGUCAUAAAAAAAUUGUUACGUGUAAAAAACAAAAUAAGAGCGUACCAAAUAGAAGAAGCAUACCUUAUAGAUUGUCUGCGAAAAUGUUUGAUGGACUUAAAUUUAAAUUCAAUUAGGUCUCUCGAUUAUGUAAAUUACGAAAUGUUUAGGAGACCACGUGCAGGUGAGUGCAGCGAUUUUCUGAAAAAUGAUGGAAAGAACGAAGAAAAGGAUAAAUGUUUUAAGCACACAAAGGGGCAAGGUGACCCAAGGGAUGGUCAAGAAGACAUGAUCCAUGAACCCAUCCUCAAGGAUGACAAUUAUGCAGAUGAGACUACACACAUUCGUGCGGACUGCCCAACAGGCAAAGUAACCCCUCCAGCUACAGAAGACAUAGACUGCUUAAUAGAAAGCUUGAAGAAGGCCCUGUUGGUGGAGCAAAGAGACAAGAAGGAAGAUCUAAUGAGACGCGUCUUUAACAAGGUAAUUAUUCCUGGGGCAUUUUUCGAAAACAAUAACUUCUGCCCAAUUUUUAUGAACCUGCUGAAGUUGGACAUAUACAAUUCUUGCUGCUUGAGUGGCACAGAGAUGGGUCCCAAAUUGAUGAAUCUGAUUCAACUUUUGAAUAACUUCGAUGAGGGGGUGGCGGAUGCUGCCAGCACGGGGGAGAAGCAGAAAGGCGUUCCCAGCGCGAGCAAUGCUAGUACCCCAAAAGGGGACGCCCAACGGGUUGGUAACCACCACAACGAAUCAGAGGAAAACUCAUAUAGAGAGGAUCGCCUCUUUUUCCAAAGCCAAACGUCCCUAUUCAAACUAUCCCAGUAUUGUAUAGAAAAGGGCGUUGUGGAGAACCACCAAGUUGCUUCCUUUGAUACCAUCUACAUUUACAGCGGGAAGGAAUCCCCAUGUGACAGUCACAAGUGCAAACAUAAGAAGAAGAAAUUACUCUCCCAUGGAAAUUUAAAAUAUUCUCUCGACAUUACAAAAAAAGAAAACGAAUCUUUACAUUUUAUUAAUGAGAAAAGAUCUAUCUUGGAAAAUGAUUCUACUCCGAGGAGCAUGACCCACCGUGACGGUUCGUAUGAGGAGAAACUGAACCAUCCCCAUGUGAAAAGACAAUAUGCAGAAGAUGGUACACCUGUUAAGGGUAGGAACGAGGAUGAAGCUGCUCUGUCUAACGAGAGUGUCACUUCUGUUAAGGCAAAGGAAAGUUCAUGUGGGAAAGAGGUGUUCGAAAUUUUAAGCCACUCUGAUGAGAAGGAAGAACUACAAGAUGCAGAAAUUGCUCCUGCAGAGAAAGAGGCCCUUUCUUCUGUAGAUGUGAGCAUAAAUGAAACGGAAAAAUCGUUUGUCAGCGCGGUGAGCAGCGUGAAAGGGACAAGCAAAUUCAAUGACGGAGGGAGCUUCCCCAAGUGUCGCACAAGAGAAGGCUCUAAAGAAGGCCCGCUCAAUUAUUUACAAAACGAUUGGCUUAAAUUCGAUGAGGGAGUAAAGGUAGAAAAACGGGGGGCAUUAGACGAGGAGUUCCUGCAUGGAGGUGAUACCAACGGGUUUGGGACGCCACGAAAGGUAACUCCAUCCACAGGUACAGAAAGGAUUAGGCUGUAUAAAGAGAAUGAUCCUGAAGAGGGUGACCAAAACGAUGAAUUACCUCUGCAGGUAGUUCAGUCAGGCACCAACAACACUGAAGGUAACACAAAGCUACGUAAGAGGAAGCUCUCCCCGAGUGGCCACAGUGACCAUAGCAGCCCAGACGAAACUCAGUCCUUCAAAUUCGACACCUAUGAGCUUUUUAUGGAAAAUGGAAAAAUUAAAAAAAAUAAAAAAAUGGACAGGAGUAACGAAUUUGAGGUUGUCCCGAAGGAGGUGAGAAACUCCGCUGGGAAGUCACAGGACAGUAGAUGCAACAAUUUUACGGGGGCGCAAGUGAGGUUCCAGUUGGAGGGUAGCCCCCUAGAUGGGGAGAGCUCUCUCAACAGGAACGACCACAUAACAUCGUCCAUGGAAAAGAACCCACCUACUAGCGCCCUUCCCCCGAGUGGACACUCCCAAGUUUGUCCAGACAUCGACAUGUCCGUCAUCGUAGAAAAGAUUAACUACGAUGGGAAGAAGGAUUCCGGUUCAGAUGGAAGGGAAGUUAAUCCAAUAGAGAAAUUUCCCCCCAGCACAACAAGGCCCAAGUGCAUCCCAGCCGUUCUGUCUGAUUUUUCUGCAGAGAAGAAAGGACCUGCGGAGGAGGAGGAUAAGAACCUCAGAUCGGUCAUAGGACGCUUUUGUGAUGAUGCUAGUGUAAGUUGCGUUAUCGAUAUGCAUGAUCUUUUGAAGGGUAAUGGUGGUGGGGAGUGCCUCCCUCCCAAAAUGGCUUCCCAUUCGGAGGUGAUCGUUCUGGAGGACAACGAUGAGGAGGGGGGUAAGGAUAACAGUAGGGAAAGCAUCUCCUCCAGGGGUAUCCAAGACAGUGCACGCAACUGCGAACGGACACCCUGGAUUAAUACACCCCGAAUAGUUGAAGCAGACGUGAGCAUCCCCGCCGAGACACCAAAGACAAGGGAAACAGAAAGCAGGAAAGAACUCUCCAUCCUCAACGUCGACCUUAACAAAAUGAACAACGUACUGCUGGAGGAACUUAUGGAAUUCUUUGGACUGAAGAGCAGGAAGCUGUCGAGAAAAACUCUAAUCACGGAGUUGACCAGAAUACAGAGCUACCUAAAUGAACAGUUUGAAAAAAUGGCCAAAGAAUACCACACCCCGAUUUCUAUGCAGAAGGAUCCUCCCAAGUUGAGGAAAGGUAAAUCUAUUGAAAAGGAUUACCAAACGGAGAGUAUCAUUUAUCGUGACAGGGAAGAAGGGCAGAAGAGUAGAAUCUGGACCAACGGGUGCAAUAGUAGUGUGAGUCAUUCGGUGGGUGCCCUCUUGGGCGAUGUGAAUGCAGAGGUACAGCGCUUCUUCCAAAAUGAGGAGUGGUUCGAUGGCGCUUCAGUAAGGGGGGGAAAUACCGACCAGGUGAGUACCACCCAGAUUAUUUCCAACGAGGUGAGUACCACGCAGAAGGGUUCCCAUCCCCUGAAUGAUGAUCAAGCCAAAUCGCAGGAGGAAUAUCUAAACCACAUGAAAAAAAAAAUAAAACAAAUGGAAUUGAAGUCGCUUUUUGAAAGAAUUGAUGAGGCCAUUGGCGUCAAUGAGGUCCUCCACGAUCACAUACAAAGGGACAGACAAAUUGAGUACUCCCUGUUGAAAAAGUAUCUAGUAGAUUGCAAGCUAAGCGUCAACCGGGAAAUUGUAAUGUCCUACUGUAAGGACAAGGAUAUUCAGGUUGUGCUGAAGAAGAAGGCAAAGGCGUGA